UGGUGGUUUUUACUUGGAAAACCAGCUAUAUUUUUCUUGCAUUCGAAUAAUGGAUAAACUUGAAACGAUAGAAGAAGGAUUGGAGAUGAAUUUCAUUUACAAAUAAGGUAGGAAAUGUGCAUACUUUUAACUCGACACCUGCCACGGUUUUUCUUAGCUAUUUGUCAUCUGUGAUCCCUUUUGAGUGUCCUAAAAUAUUCCAUUCUGAACACAGUCCUUAAUUAACACCAUUCCCUGUUCUUUAUUCCUAUAGGAAGUCCAGUGGGAACUCCUCUUCCAGCCUGGGUGAGAUGGUGUCAGGCACCUUCAAGCCCAACCCUGCUUCUGCAGGUAAACAGAAACAGAAAGUGGCCGAGCACAUUCCUCCAUACGAUGUGGUCCCAUCCAUGAGGCCGGUGGUCUUAGUUGGGCCAUCACUUAAGGGAUAUGAGGUGACAGAUAUGAUGCAGAAAGCACUCUUUGACUUCCUGAAACACAGGUUUGAAGGCAGGAUAUCAAUCACAAGAGUAACCGCAGACAUCUCUUUGGCCAAAAGAUCUGUGCUGAAUAACCCUAGUAAGAGAGCUAUCAUUGAGAGAUCCAACACCAGAUCCAACCUGGCGGAGGUUCAGAGUGAGAUCGAGCGAAUCUUUGAAUUGGCCAGAUCCCUUCAGCUGGUUGUGCUGGAUGCCGACACGAUCAACCAUCCAGCCCAGCUCAUCAAGACAUCUUUAGCUCCCAUUACUGUCCAUGUCAAAGUGUCUUCUCCUAAGGUAUUGCAACGGCUGAUCAAAUCACGAGGGAAGUCUCAAAGCAAGCAUUUAAAUGUACAACUGGUGGCAGCAGACAAAUUAGCUCAGUGUCCUCCAGAAAUGUUUGACAUAAUUUUGGAUGAGAACCAGCUCGAGGAUGCAUGUGAACAUCUGGCUGAGUAUAUGGAGGCAUAUUGGCGUGCAACUCACACUUCCCUCAGCACUCCUCUGAACUCUCUGCUGGGCCGCAACCUGGGAUCCACUGUGCUCUCACCAUACCCCACAGCCGUCUCUGGACUACAGAGCCAAAGAAAUAAAAACAGCAAUCAUAUCAGUGACAACUCUCCAAUGGAGCGGCGCAGCUUGAUGACCUCCGAUGAGAACUACCACAACAACGAGCGGCAAAAGAAGAGUCAUAACCGCCUGUCCUCCAGCUCCCAGCAAAGUCGAGACCACUACCCUCUGGUAGAGGAGGACUACCAUGAUCCCUAUCAAGACGCGUACAAACCUCACCGCAACCAGGGCUCCCCUGGGGGCUACAGUAACGAAUCACGGCACAUACUCUGAACGUCCAAACCACUACAGCCAGAGCUAUGAGAUAAACCUCAUGUAAUUGUGUAAACCCUUUCUGUAAAUGCAGUGCAUUGCGUUCACUCUGACACAGGUCCCCAUCUAUGGGCCAUUUUAACUAAAAGCAAAAUCCGAGCACCCGUUCCGUCUAUGUAAGGCAGUUGUUUGCAGCCCUUGCGCAUCUCUUGUCAGGCAGUUGGAGGUGCUGAUUUUAUCUGCAAUGGUUGAGUUAAGAUGCUCUCCUGGAGGAGUGACAGCUAUAGUACCAUCUGGUCCAUCCAAGUUCUCCUAGUAGAGGCCUAAGCCCUGCGUCUAAUUGCUAACCAAAGCCCUGCACUGUCUAUAUUUGCAGGACGUUUCUUGGUGUCAUGCUAAUUUUCACCCUGAACUAGUGCCGGCAUGCAGAAAUGCUCAACAGUGCCAAGAGCCAAUCAGCACAGAGCCUUUUUGCAAGAUUUCAGUAGCCAAUGGAAUGCAUUUGCUGUUUUGUUUCUUCCUAUCUUAGUAUUUUAUAUGGUCUCUUCUUUUCCCCAAGCAGCCUCAGGUACGAAGCAGGAAUUCUUCAUAGGUGCCAAACUCCAAGAGGUUUCUUUUCCCGCUGUCUAUUUUCGUAAUGAUAUCUGCAGAUAGUAUCAACACACUCUUCUGAGCAAAACACAAAAGAUAGCAACAAAUUAUCCCUUUUUACAUACACCAUAAUGCCUAGUUCAACUCAGCGCUUUGCCCAGGCCUACAAGUGGGAUGUUGUUGCAAAA